AUGAGCUUUUUAACUGUAACAACUUUAAUAUAUACUAUUGGAGCUAGAAUUAUCAUAGCUACUGACACUAAACUUGCCUUCCAAUUGUUUUUCAUUAAAAGAUUUAAAUUGAUUGGGUAA